UCAGUCGAGAACUCAUCAUGCCUGAUCCAGCCAAGCCUGCACCCAAGAAGGGCUCCAAGAAAGCCGUGACAAAGACCGCCGGGAAGGGUGGCAAGAAACGCAGAAAGUCCAGGAAGGAGAGUUACGCCAUCUACGUAUACAAGGUCCUGAAGCAGGUCCACCCUGAUACUGGUAUCUCUUCGAAGGCCAUGGGCAUCAUGAACUCCUUCGUGAACGACAUCUUCGAGCGCAUCGCUGGCGAGUCUUCCCGUCUGGCUCACUACAACAAGCGUUCCACCAUCUCUUCCAGGGAGAUCCAGACCGCAGUGCGUCUGCUUCUGCCCGGUGAGCUGGCCAAGCACGCUGUGUCUGAGGGAACCAAGGCUGUUACCAAAUACACCAGCUCCAAGUAAAGCCGAAUCGUGCUUUUAAA